AGCAUACGUUUACAGUAACAGGAUUUUGGACUCUGGGGAAAAGAGAGCGAAAACCUGAAAAUGUCCAUUCUGUGUUUGGGAUUUUUACCUCUAGAACUUUAGAUCAAAUACUCUUGUGCUUGAAUUUAUUUUAAGUUUCCUGGGGAUUCAAGGUUAUUUUAUUCAUUAUUCUUAAGAGAUAUGUGGAAUUCAGGAAGAAGUCAUGCUAAUGUAAAUUAGGUGAAUAUUUAAUCACCUUUUUCUUUUUCCUAACAAGAGUAGGUCUAGAAUGUAAAAUAUUGAGGAAGGAGUAUGUCACCAGAUGCCUCCUAUGAUAUCUUUUGCUUCAUCAUGAUUUUUCCCUCCGUAGUUCCUAAUGUGGAUCUUCCUCCACUCUGUUCAUCAAGGUUUCGACCUGGACCGCCAGGGGAAGAGGCUCAGGCAGCUAGUCAGUUUAUUGCAGAUGUAAUUGAAAAUUCACAGAUAGUACUGAAAGAAGAUCUGUGCAUUGUUGAUGGGAAGAUUGCUUGGGUUCUAUACUGUGACAUUAUAUGCUUAGACUAUGAUGGAAACCUCCUGGAUGCCUCUCUUUGUGCUUUCUUGGCCGCUUUAAAAAAUGGUAAGGAGUCUUUCUGUAUUUUCAUAUUUAAAUUGACAGUGGCAGGUUUAAAUCGUGGAGAAAACAGACACCAAUAUCUUAUAAAUUCUGAAAAGAAUAAGUCAAGAGUUUGGGAGAGUAGUUUGGGAAGACAUGAAGUGGGCCUGUUGCAGGCUGUGACAUUCUUAGGUAGCUGCUUUGUCCAUUAUUAUGGUGUGAUCGGGUUGUUUGUCAAAUUUUGA